AAUUGUAGCUAACAUUUAAUUAUUAAAUACAAUUCUUAUAUUUGCGACUUCCGAAACAAAAUUAUUAAUUAAUGAAUUAACACUUGAUUUGUGUUUUACAAAAAUUGUGAUUUGCGAUUUAAAAAUUAUUAAGAAUGAAAAUUAAGAAGGAUUUUAAGAAGGAAAAGAAUAAACCAAAGUGUAAAGAGUGGGAGCGACGGCGAAGAGAAAAGCUAAAUGAAGCUUUUAACAUUCUCGCACAACUUUUACCAAGUUACGAUCCAGCUAAAAACUUACCAAAGAUUGACAUACUUGAAAGAGCCACCGACUUUGUCAAAGACUUACGCUUAUCAAACUCUCGGUUGGUAAGCCAUCAAGUUGAAACGGAUGAAAAAUGCAAACUAAUCAAACAACUGCAGGAUGAAGUUAACAAACUGAUUUUAAGAGUAAAACAACUCACAAGCUUACUGAAAACUGCAAAUAUUCCAAUUCCAUUGGGUCCGUCAAUAGAAUGCCUGGGCAAAAGAAAACUAAAGUGGAGUGGAAAAUGCACAGAAGAAAAUUCAUCUGCAGAGAAAGUCUCUGACGAAGAAAAUUCAGUUACAAAUGUUGAAAUUGAAGAUGCUGGUGCUAAUGAAUGCAGGCCUAAUGACACUACCACGACAAGCUCUUCAUCUUCAACCCCUCUCAAAGAAAUUAAUGGACCUGCACAAGACUCCUCUGCAAGCCCUGCUAAGAAAUCAGACGACAAUAAAAGUACUCCUCCCACACCCAAAAAAUUAAAACCGUCCACAAAGUUGAAAACGCCUAAUAAAUCAAUUCCAACUAAAACAAAAGUACCGGGGUCGUCACCAAAGAAAGCAGUGACUGCACCAAAUAAUGUCGAACAACUUAAUGUUUCUUCCCCAAACAAGUCUCCACCUCAGCAACAGCCAGUAGUGACGAACGCUUGCCUUCUCCCAAACGGAACCAUGAUACCUUUGAUGACGAAUUCUCCAAUUACCGCAGUUUUCACUGAACCUCCAAAGUCAACGACCGCGACAAUGCUUCCUUUACAAACGAUAUUCGUCACUUCGAAUGUAAUGCAAAAUGUCCAUCAACCUGUGAUAACAAGAAUAGCUUUAGGUCAAAAUCAUUCCUUCAUGUCUUCUGGUUUGGAGGCAAAUAGUAUUCCUGGAUUUGUACACAAGAUUCCGAUUACCAUGAUUAGGAAACCAGUUCCCAAGAUUAAGUUUAAAAGGAGACAUAAAAAGAAGAUUUUGCAAGCAGAAACUGUGACACCGGCCGUUGACAGCGUAAUUUCUGUUGAAAAUAGUACAAAGGAUAAUGCAGUCAUCCCGAGCGUGGAAGUAGAGGAAACAACACCUAUGGUAGAAAUUCAAGAAAAGGAAAAGUCAUCUAGUGAAAAAGAAAUUGCCGAAAGCGAGGCGACAGCUAAUAAAAAUGUACAAAAUUCUGAACCCGUUAUGGAGAAAGUUGUGGAAUCGGAGACGAUGACGCCAUCAACAACAACAAUUAUUCAACCCAAUUUACCUCUGAUGGAGAAAUCUUGUAGUACAAACUCUAGCGAAUUGAUGCAAAUUCAACUUUUUGCACAUGAGCCUGACCAAGAAAUUAUGGAGGUUGACCAAUCAACCUCUUUGGUAGACGCUCCUAGUCCUGCCAGUGUACUCUGUGAACUUAAGUCCAGGACGGAACAGAGCGAUUCUGCUGAAUGUUCAGAUAAAUCUAACGAAAACCUGAAUGAACCCCCCACGAUAGAUGGAAAGAUUUCAAACACUGCUAGUCAUGAAAAUAUUAGCCAUGAAAUAAAUAAAGAAGACUCUUCUGUAUCGACCACUGAUAUUUCAACAUCUCACAAAGUUACAUCAAAAGUGAGAUUUGACCAAGCUCUAGUAGACAUGAAUAGAGAUCCGUCUCCUACGAAUCACCAAGAAACCAUCUCGCCCCCUAAUGAAACAGUUUCCGGUGAUAAAAUUAGUGAAUGUAUUUCCCGAAGUAUGGACCUUAUCGAUGCUCCCGAUGGCGAGUUGAUGGAAUUAGGAGAUAACUGGGGAGACCCUACAAAUUCACCAAAAUCGCCAAUUUCCCCAACACAAAUGUUUCUCAGCAUGUUUCCACUUCUCCCGAAAGACAACGUCGUUUCUACUUCUGAAGGUCACAACAUAAUGACAAAUAAUCCACGACAUGGAUACAACUCACAAACACAGCACCGUUCUUUCUAUAUUGAUUCUAUGCUCCCUGAAGAUAACUCGGUCCCAGUCUCACAAAUUGGCCAGAACAAUCGACACUCUGCUCAAACUUUUGGAUACAGAACGCUUGCAAUGGAAGCAGUAGAAAAGCCUUACAGCAAACCACCCAAAAGUACUCCCGAAAUCCUCACAUCAUCAUCCACAAUUUCGAAAGUUUCUGCUAGCAAUGUUCAACCUGUCUCUGCACCAAUGACCGUACCACAACGAUCAUCGGAGAUUAUCACAACCAAGACGACAAAACCAGUUGUGACUGAGAAACCAUGUGAAAUGCCUACGACGCCAAAAUCUCUGCAAGAGAGUGGAAGUAGAAGGUCUCACUCCUACUCUGGUGGACAACAAAGCUUUAAGGAGUUUAAUAUAUUUAGCGACUCUCUAGAUUUUAGUGCUCUUCAUCAUUCCUUGCCAUUUUCUGGAAUGACUGAUCAGGAUUUGUUCCGAGGAGGAGAAAAUUCGCGGAGCCGAGGAUUAUUUGAUGCAGUGUUUCCAUUAAACAUUGACCAUUCGAAUGCGGUGCCCUCAUCAACGGCAGACCAACAUUAUAAUAUUCAGCAGCAUUUUGAUGUUCAAGAGAAUAUUCAGAACAUUCAAUUUCAGUUAAAUCGUGAUCGUCAUCACGGAACGAUUGGUGGUGGUGAAAGUACAGCCAGACUUGAAAAUCUUCCCCCUGUUGGAGAAAGUUACAGCAAUAAUUUCACAUACCCAACAAUUCCUCGGGCAAAUCUUAUGUCAAAGUUGCCAUCCACUUCUUCGCAAAUAACUUCAACGUCUCAACACAAUAAUUCUGCAAUAACAAGCCAAGGAAAUUCUACAAGUUUUAGUUAUUCAGCCACAAUUUCUACCCCACCAAAGGCAACUGCUGCUAAAAUUUCUCCAACGACUCCAAGUCAUUCCACUAGACAACUUUUCCGUCCUCAAGUUCAUGAUAUGAUGGGAAAUCAUCAAUCCUCGUCCACAGCAAAUACUACUAGUACACAGCCGUUUGGUUCGAAACGUUCGACAGCAAGCACAAUUCAAAGUUCAAUAGACAAAGUUGCCAAUAAUUCUUCACAAGCUCCACGAAAUGUGGAUUACUUUUUAUUUCAAAAGAGUUCUCAACAACCUCCAACUACGAUAAAACCGUCGUUAUCAUCUUCUGAAAAGCGAAAGAGUUCUGCAGCAAGUCAGAGAAAGUCCCGUAACACCACUUCCACCGCUAGAGAUGCAAAUUCUUUUGAGGGUCCAUCCAAUUCAUCAUCAACUUCUAGAAAAGAACGCAAUCAGAAGGAUCGUUCAACUUCAAAGGAAACCAAUAAGAAAUCUACUGCAAGUGGUGCUAAGCAGAUCCCUGCUCCAAUAUGCGAACCCAUACAAAACUUUAACCAAUUCCCCCCACAAAAUUCUCACCUUCAGCCCAAUCAAACUCUUCAGACAUCUCCUCGUCGAAAUAUUGCCACCUCAUCCCACACCCAGGAUAUUUUUGCCCCACUUCCGCCAACUAAUUUAUUCGGACAUUCUACUUCAAACCAACAAGCUUUUGAUCAUAAUAACGUGAAUCUGAACAUAUUUGCCGAGUUUCCACUUCCGGUUGACUGCAAUCCGCAUUAUGACCAUUACAGUAUGGACUUUAGUAAUUUUUCUACUGCAAGUGGAUCCAACAAUUCAAGUCAAAUUCAGCAAUUUCAACAGCCGCAGAUAAAUUCUAACCCCACUACCAGCACUGGAACACUCCAUGAACCCCACAACAAUAUACCGCACCAACAACAACACCAUCACAACCAGCAGCAGCAGCAACAACCUUUGAUUACACACCCCCAUAAUAAUACUUCCCAAGUACAACAUACCCCCUCAAAUUCUCGCUCGUCCAGACCUACCCCAUUUUAUCUGCAAGAUGUUAACUGUGACAAUUACAAUAGCUUUGAAAUGCCAUCCAAUAAUCCUCCUUCCCAUUCACAGCAGUCACAUCAAAUGCAUACGUCCUCUAAUCCUCCACCAAGCGCAAACCCCCAAACGCAACCUGCCCCCAGUAUUCAUAGUGGUCACCACCACUAUGGCAAUGUUCCCACCGUGCCACCACCUCGGAGUCAGCCACCCCCUCAACAAACAGUCUCUAAUUUGAACCACCAAAAUCAACAAUAUUUUCAGACCCCUUUGCAACAACAAUCCCAGGCUCAGCAAUGUCAGCAGCAAGUUUCGAACUAUCCAACCAAUAAUAACCUUCGCCAAGGUCAAUCUGCUGCCCCUAAUCAGCAAAUUAACAAUAAUAGUAAUAAUAAUAGCACUGGAGUAUUACCAAAUUCACGAAAUGUCCAAAUUCAGCAACAACAAGCCCAAAAUAAUUCUAGUACAGAGCACCAGCAAAUAAUGCAGCAUUCACAUCAUUACACACAUUCUUCACAAACGCAAGUAAAGCCGACAAAGCAAUCUUCUUCAUCUAUUGUUACUUCAUCUGUGGUCUCAAAUAAUAAUAAUAACAAUAACCAGUCAAGCCUUGCACAACAACAACCUGUAUAUUCCAGCACUAACACCAACGCCAGAGUCCUGCCCCCUCCAAAUGUUACUUCAUCUCAUCGUCCUGUUAAUUGGAUGACAGAUAACAACCAAACUGCUUCUUCCACCACACCAUCACACAAUCCAUUCACCAUCGGAAGUAAUUCUAAGCCCAACAACAACAAUACUCCAACUGCGAUAACCAAUCCAUUUUCUGUUAGCAAGUUGGUAGGGUCGUCGUCAUCCAAUAGUCCCAGCAGCAUUAAACCGCAACCUCAUCCACACACUUUAAGCAGACAAACUAGUAGCAGCAAUUACUGUGCGGAGGCAUUAAUUCGAAAAAAUCCAAUAACGUCAUCAACACCAAAUUUAAGCAGCUCGACACAGCCAGGAUGGGGAUCAUCAUCUUCUUCGCUGCAUAAAACACAGCAUAAUUACAAUUUCUUCCAACCAUCAUCAUCUUCGUCUGCGUCUUCUUCUGCAAAUGUCCAUCAAUUUAAUGCACAACAUCAAACACAGACUUCUCAGCAACACUCCAAUCCAUACACAACUAACUUUAAUGACAACUUUUCCAGUGCAACAUCGGGAUAUAGUUUUCAUACUAAUCCAACGCCACAUUCUCACCCGCACGCACAAAAUUAUGAACAAUUGUUCGAAAAUAGUACUCCAUCUAGAAAUACUCAUCAACAGCAGCAGAAUGUACAUAAUUUUCAGCACCCCCAAACCCAUCAAAGUCACCAUAUUCAUCAUCUCCAUAAUAAUAAUUCGGCGCAGCAAGGACUUUCCCACAGUCAGCAAGGAACUUCUUCCGUCUCGAAUUUCAAUUUAAGUACUAUUUUCCCAGAAAUUAAUGACAAAAGACAGCAUCAAGUUCAACAACAAAGAAAUUCUUCUAUCGCCAGCUCUGGGACGACGGGGUCACUCAGCAACUCGACUCCAGUUGGGGUCACUUCCAAUAACAGUCAGAAUCGAGCCAGUACAAAUAGUAGCGGGGGCAGCAAUAAUAUGGCAAAUUUGGCCAGAGGAACAUCUUCGAACAAUAAUAACAGUAAUUGUGGGUAUUAUACUCAACAACAACCCACUGGUCAAGGUCGCACCAAAUGAUUUCUUUUCAACUGAUUUCAUACUAAAUUUACGUUCUAAAAAUAAAUUUCUGAAACUAAAAAAACUCUCAUAAAAUAAUAACAUGUCCAUUUUAUUGCUCAUCAUCCGUCUGGAUUUAAACUUGUUUUUAUGCAAUGAUUAUUUGCCUUAUUCCUGGUUUACCGGUAACCGGAUUUUGCAUUGGUACAAGUAUUUGAUUACUGCAAUUCCUUACAAUUAGGAGUCAAGAACCUCACAUUGGGCAUUUAAUAAUAUUGGACUGAUGGCAAAGGUGUCGGAAGAUGAAAGUAAGGUGGAUCUGGCACAAGAUGAAAUCGAAAACUGGUCCUGGCUGGCAUCUUCAUGAUCUUCAUCUUUCCGCUUAUCCCAAUUUUUUGCAACUUUGUACCUAUGUACCUAUUACUUUGCUUUGAACAUAUGUAUGUAUACGCGUAUAGAAGUCAAAAACCUGUAAAGUUCGGUUCAUCGAUCCAUAUUGUGAUGGUUAUGCAUUUGGUCUCAAAGUACCAUUGCCUAAGAGUCCAGUCAUUGUUGGACUUCGAAACCUGAAUCACAUAAGCAAUUUCGAAAAUGAAGUUAUUAGCCCUCUUCGUUCUCUUCUCCGUUUUGGGGGUCAUUACUCCAGCCCCACGAGCCUCACUUUCCCCAAAAGUUGUCUUCCGGAUGGAGGACGAAUCAGGGGAAUCAGAUGAAGCGGAUAUAGCAGAUGACGAACCUUUAGGAGAUUCUUCAGAAGAAGUUCCACAAUGGUCAUUUCGAGAAGUAGAUACAAGUGAAUAUCAGCAGCGUCCAGAAAAUCAAUAUCAGCCCGAAGGAGCCUUCCGAAGACCGCAAAAUCAACUUCAAACUCAACAUGGACCAAAUACUCCCCCUCCAAUCCGUCGAUUCCGAGAUGACGAUAGUGACGAAGAGGAGGAUGACGAAGAUGAAGACGAUGAAGAUUACAAUGACGAUGUCGUCCAUUCCGAUAUCCAAUAUGGCGAUGGCCAAACUUCAUCAGUUUCGCGAGAAGGAGGAUUCCGUUCCGCCAUUCCCGGUGCUCAGGUAGUUCGUCGACCUAUGGGCUCAUACACGGUGGUCAGGUACCCAGUGUCGUCCAAUAACCGAAUGCAAAUGCCAGUCUCUAACAGAAUCCAUGUCAUGUCCAACCCCCGUCCAUCAUCUUUUGGAGGAAAUAACCGUCGUGUCAUGGCCGUCCAAAUGUCACAAUACCCACAGCGUGCAACUACUUACCCGAUGCGACGAGUGACCCCAAUGAUGAAUAGUCAGUACACAAUGAUGACCAGACCAAUGAUGUACAAUAGAUAUCAAACCCCAUCCGUAACUUACGUCCCCAAUAAUUACGUGAGAACUAGGCGACCAGUAAUGGCGACAAAACCUUUGCAGUAUUAUUACCAAGAACGAGCAGUAAACCGAAGAAACCGAAAUGGACAGUUCUGGUAGAACAAUUGUGGUGUUAAUUCGCUAUACUUUUUAAACCAUCAAUUUAACUAAUUAUAAUAAAACUUGAAAGAGGGGUAAUCAAUAAAAUAAUCUCAAAGAG